UUCCUCAUCCUCUCAUCAGUGUGUAUGCAGCGACCGCAGGGGUAGGACAGUUUAUGCCGUGACGCACCAUAGAGAUCAUAACAUCAACCCAAAUAUAGCUUCGAUAACUUUAACGUCGUUUAUGGACGCAGUGUAGGCAUAUCUCAGGAUUACCAGAACCCAUCGACAACCUCUGGAGUGAAUUUAUUUAUGUCUUUCGUUCCCGGACCGGAGGCUAGUUUUUUUGGACAGGCAACGUGUCAGAGGAGACGCGGGUGACACAAGUGCGCAGUGUUCACGGGAAAAACAGCAGAGAGACCGCAAGGAGGGUGUUUGUUGUAACCCACCAAGCUUCGUCCUUAAGCUGUUCGGUGAGUGCGAGGAAUUUGACUGUCACAACAUGGAAUCUUAACUGGAGUUUGUGAGGAGAAUUGUAAUGACCACCGCGUUGCGUCCUACAGACGCGGACACUGUCCACCAAUGCUGCUGAGGGCACAACAAGGAUCAACCAGCCAGAGCGCACGGCGGGCCUGUAAACACCUUGACAUUACGUUUGUUGAUAUUAUUUGUGUGGAUUCAUAGAAGAGCCUAUUGAAUAUUAAAACGCUAUAGCCUAUUAGGCCAUCAGAUAGGUGCUACAUAAAGGAGCCAGGCGUUCCCCUCAACUGUUUCGAGAAUGGGCAACAGUUUCUCCAACAUAUCUGCUUUCCAAUCACUACACAUUGUGAUGCUGGGUUUGGAUUCCGCUGGCAAAACGACUGUUCUCUAUCGUCUGAAAUUCAACGAAUUCGUAAACACUGUGCCAACAAUUGGAUUCAACACUGAGAAAAUCAAACUGAGUAAUGGUACCGCGAAGGGGAUCAGUUGUCACUUCUGGGACGUCGGAGGUCAGGAAAAGCUGCGGCCCCUGUGGAAAUCCUACAGUCGGUGCACGGACGGCAUCAUUUAUGUGGUGGACUCAGUGGACGUUGACCGGUUGGAGGAGGCUAAAACAGAACUGCAUAAAGUCACAAAAUUCGCAGAGAACCAGGGGACACCUCUUCUGGUGAUAGCCAACAAGCAGGACCUGCCCAAAUCUCUUCCAGUCGCAGACAUUGAAAAACAGCUGGCUCUCCACGAGCUCACUCCAUCCACCGCAUACCACGUCCAACCUUGCUGCGCCAUAAUUGGCGAGGGACUUCACGAGGGUAUGGACAAACUCUAUGAGAUGAUAGUAAAGCGGAGAAAAUCUUUAAAGCAAAAGAAGAAACGAUAACGACCGCCCAUAUGUCGUAACCUAUAUGGACCAUUUUUUUACGCAAAAUUACUGUAUCUAAAUGCUUUUCGGGUAUGCCGAUGUUGCCCUAAAAUGACGUUUACUUUGCGGUGAUUUUUGUAUUUCCUUUCAUUGGGUUAUUGUCAAAGUUGCUGACGCUAUGAACCCUAUUAGCUGAACUAUGCUUUUGUACGCAAGAGGGUGCCUCUGUGUGUGCAAGAUAUAUACCAAGGUUAACCAAAAAAAACUUGAAAUUACUUUUAUCAUAGGAACAAAGCAUUGAUAAAUGAAAAAGGGCUGGCCCGUUAUUUGCUGCUUUACGGUGGAUUCUAAUUCUGUAGCUCAACAUGUGAUUUUGAAGUAGCAUCCCAUAGCCUACCUAUAGGCCUACUGUGAUGGACUAUGGACAUCCUAUCGACACGUCUUCACGGAGUGCUUCUUCGGACAGCAAGUUUGACUUUGCACGUUAAGUGGAUGUGGGUCAAAAUGAAAUGGACCCUGUUCAUUCAGAGAAAAUAACAAACAGAUGUCUGUGUUAUGACAGUCUCACCUCAGUCUCUGUCUCGGUAUAUUAAUGAAGACGUCAACAAGGCUUUGGAGUGUUGAAUUAGCUUUUACUAUGCGUGAUGGACUAAAGAUAACAUUGCCUGCAACGUGGUCCACUACUUUGCACUUUUCAUUUCCUAACAAAAUAAUAAAGUACUACACUGUAUAGCAAAACACAGGCUGUUUAUGGACCUGAAAGCCAAAAUUGAAGUAUUUUUUUUAUAUUAAAAUAUAUCAAAUGCA